GUGCUGGUGGUGGUGGGGGUGGUGCCCCGCAGCCAAUCACGGCGCGAACAGCCGCGCUCGGAGUCAUCCCGCGCGAGAUCCCUCGCGGGGAGUCUAUGGCGAGGCCAUGGAUCUUCACGCGCGAGCAAAUGGACUCGACCCCGUCUCGCCUCGCCGGCAUUGACGCAGACCGCGAGCUCCUGUACCGACAGCAAGCCGCCACGCUCGUACAAGACAUGGGGCAGCGCCUCAACGUGCCACAGCUGGUGAUCAACACGGCCAUUGUGUACAUGCACAGAUUUUUCAUGUUUCAUUCGUUCAAAGACGUUCACAAACACCUGCUGGCGCAGUCGGCGAUCUUCCUCGCCGCCAAAGUGGAGGACCAGCCUCGAAAGUUGGAGCACGUGAUCCGUGUGGCGCAGGCCUGCCUGGCUCCCCGCGAGGCUCCGCUCAACCCGAAACACUUGGUAUACUUGCAGAAAGCGCAGGACCUCAUAAUGUUAGAGACAAUGCUUCUGCAAACACUGGGUAUGUAUGCGUCAUCAGGAUUCGAUGUAACCGUGGUUCACCCACACACUCACGUUGUGAAGUGCAGCCAGCUGGUUCGAGCGAGCAAGGAUUUGGCGCACACUUCCUAUUUCAUGGCUACCAACAGCCUGCACCUGACGACGCUGUGCCUGCGGUACCCCCCGUCAGUGGUGGCGUGCGUCUGCAUCCACCUGGCCUGCAAGUGGUCCAGCUGGGAGAUCCCCAUGUCGAGCGACGGGCAGCCCUGGUGGGCCUACGUGGACACCUCCGUCACGCUGCAGCUGCUGGACGAGCUUACUCAACAAUUCCUAGACAUCAUGGAGAAAUCGCCAAACAGGAUGAAGCGUAUUCGCAACUGGAAGAUCCCCCAGAAUCAAGUCAAGAAGUGCGGCGACACGCCGAGCAAAUCUCCCUCGGGCUGCGACAACCACCCGGCCGCUUCGUGCUCGAAGCAGCAGCCCUGCGGCGCCGGCACCGCGGCCUCUUCGGCGAUCGGUACGACCGCCGAAGGCUGCCAUCAGACCCAGCGGGCGCUGCUUUGCGUCCACGGGGGCCAGGACUCGAAGACCCGCGACGUCUUCGUCAUCGACGACGCCGCCGCCGCCGCCGCCGCUUCCCGUGCGACGCCGCUGUCGACGCAACCGGCGUCUUACUUCCCGACGGCCGGCGGCCAGGGCGGUGCGAGCUUUUUCACGAGCGGCGGGGGCCUCGUAAAUCUCGUUGGUGUGAGCGAGUCCGGGGUGCCGCCGGCGUUCGCGCUCGCCCGUUACGUGGCGCCGCGGCUGGGCGUCGCGCCGAACGUGACCCUCGGUCAGCAACCGUUGCCCUCGAGCUGCACCCUCGUCCUUGACCCGCCCACUCCGAACCCCCCCACCGACAAUUAUCCGGUUUCGUUCCGCGGAUCCCACCCCGAGCCGAAUCGGGCCUUUGUUCGCAACGUGCCGAACCCCGACGUCAAUCUUCACCCCGGCGCGCUUGCGCCUUCCUUCGUCUCCACCUCGGUGCAUACGCAAGACGCUAACCCCAACUAUGCCCAUCACACCAGCAUUGUGGCGGCGUGCGACCUCGGCGGACCCGUGUCAACUCAAUACACGGCUGAUCCCGGCGCGGGUCCUUUGUUUCUCGCCGCGAGGGGCACCCGCGAUUUUGCCGACGCGUCCUCUCUGCCGGCCCCCGACUUGCGUCCGUGUUCCUUCGGAACCCUCAAACCGUAUCACACGGUCCAGUCGAUGAUGCACAACGCGACGCGGUGCGGGCCGUCCCGUGAUCAGUCGAGAGCGGAGGCGUGCUCGCUGCCAAACGCGACGAGCGACACGACGGCUCCCAGCCACCGCACGGCGCCUCCAAUGGUUCGCGACGAACGGCGGGGCGGCCGCGGAGCGCAGAGCGGCGUGGCCGACGCGGCGGACGUCGCGACGCGCUCGGGCAAGAGCAGAAGAAACGGAGAAGUGAGGGAAGUUCGAGACGAGACGCGAUCGGAGAGAGGCGUUGAAAUGCAACGCCGUCACCUCGCCAGGAGUGGCGCCGGCGAUGGUGGUGGUGAUGGUGAAAACGAAGUCAUUAGUUGGGCCACGGAAGCGCCAAACAAUAGCCAGGCUUCCUUUAGCUGCCUACAGAUGCUGCCCGCACCAUACGUGGCAAGUGACCAGAUGCAUCAACAGUGCCCACCGCAUUAUCGUCUUCACCGAGACCCAAAGACGCAGUUCACAAAGACCCAAAACAUCCGUGGGGUUCAAGCGGCGGCCGGUGGCGGACCUUACAAUGCUCCUCAGCAGCACCACUCGCUCGCGCAGAUAUCUACCUCCACGCCUUCGGCGAGGCCAGGCAUGGCAUCACAAGUCCACCCAGCUCAAGUUGGCACCGCGUCAUCUGCCAACAAAAAGAAGGCACCGAAAAGAAAGUUGACUUGGUGCGCCACGCAAGAGAGCAACGGCCGCGGUCCUCUCGCGAAACCGGAAGUCGAGCCCUCCAAGAGGAUCCUGCCGUCGUCGGAAGCUGUCCCGCAAUUGAAGCCGCCUCUCAACGUCCGAGCCGGGGGCCUCUCGCCCGACGGCCCUUCCAGGGCUGACGACGACGACGCCGCGGGCUCGGGAUCGAGCGAGCGAGUUCUGCUACGCGACGCGCGGCCAGGCGGUGCCGAGGUGGAAGAGUUGGUCGAGCGGAACGAGAAGGGUGGUUCGGCUGGAGACGACGCGGCGUCCGCACCGAGACAUUCCGUGCAAUAGAAGUCGUGCCUUGAAUAAAACCUCUGUGCAUCACCCAGGGAUGUCUUUGCCCCCUCACAAAUCCCCCCACCCACCACCCACCACCACCGCCCACUGCAUUGAAAGUGACAUUUGCCAAAAGUUGCCAAAAUGCCAAAAAUCUAACUGCUGUAACGUGCGUUUAGUUCCUUUGUUGUUGUUUUUUUUUAUUUAAAGCGGGGGGUGGGGAAGGUUAUUCCCUUACCGAGGGCCUGGAUAGGACUUUCAAAUUACCUUUGGUGGUCUGAUACGUUGACACAACCAACCAAUAGAAGCAAUGUGAUUGGGCAAAAAAAUAAAAAAAACGUGUCGACCAAAGAUAAAGAGAAGCCCUUUGCGGUGGGAGAAUUGGACCGAGCGCGCUAAAAUUAUGAACUGCAUUGCCUUCUCGAAAGUAUCCUACCCUGGCCCCUCCAGGACCCGAUUAGUGCGGCUAAUAACGCCCGCGGUGACAGGUGAAUGUCAUUUGCAGGCAGUUUCGGAAGUGUAGUGGAUCUCGUGAGAUGAAGAUCAUUAGGUUUCCCCCAGUUCAGAUUUAGAGGCUUAAACACGCACGUACGCGCGGGCACGCGCAGGAACAACACAUUUCUGGGGCCCGAUUUGCUUGCAUGCAAAUGUGCACCUGUGUGUGUGUGCGCGCGCUGGCCAAUCGCAAGUAGCUGUUAUUAUUUGGGUUUAGCGGGUUUAUGUAAUGCCGCAGCAAUAAUGCCUCUCUAUCUUCAGCCAUUCCUCCCUACCUGGGCGUCGGGAGUUGCAUUCUAACGCUCAUGAAAACUUGAAUAAAAAUAUUUAAAAUACAUUA